CAGAGGCAGGUGUCUGGGUGUGAGCGAGGCAGGCUCUGGUCCUGCUCCUGGAGUCACAGCAUGUUACAAGGGAGUCUUCUGGUAGUGUCUUUCCUCUUAUCUCCAGUUCCAGUAAGCACUAUGAAAGAAUGCCCCACAGUAAAGAAUUAUCAAGUGGUUUAUCCCAUAAGACUUCAUCCAUUACAUAAAAGAGAGGCCGAAGAGCCAGAACAGCAGGGACCAUUUGAAACUGAACUAAAGUAUAAAAUGACAAUUAAUGGAAAAGUUGCAAUACUUUACUUGAAAAAGAACAACAAUCUCCUUUCACCAGGCUAUACAGAAACAUAUUAUAAUUCCUCUGGAAAGGAAAUCACUACAAGCCCACAAAUCAUGGAUGACUGCUAUUACCAAGGACACAUCAUCAAUGAGAGAGUUUCUGAUGCUAGCAUCAGCACGUGUAGAGGUCUGCGGGGCUACUUUAGUCAAGGAGAAGAAAAGUACUUCAUUGAACCUCUGAGUGCCACAAGUCAGGAUGAGCAGGAACAUGCUGUCUUCAAGGAUGACCCCAGCGAAGAUCAGGCUAACAGCAGCUGUGGGGUGAAUGACACGCUGUGGUCACAUGGGCCACAUCAGAAUAUGGUCCCACCUGCCACCAGACUGGUCAAGUUGGAUGGUGGUGAAGUUCACAAACCCAAGAAAUACAUAGAAUAUUAUGUGGUCCUGGAUAAUGGUGAAUUUAAGAAAUACAAUGAAAAUUUAGCUGAAAUAAGGAAGAGAGUACUUGAGAUGGCCAAUCACGUAAACAUGCUCUACAGAAAGCUGGAUGCUCACGUGGCCCUCGUUGGAAUGGAAAUCUGGACUGAUAAGGAUAAGAUAAAUAUUACUAGGAAUGCCAACACCACCUUGAAGAACUUUUCUAAGUGGAGAGGGAGCGACCUACUUAGAAGAAAGCAGCAUGAUAUUGCUCAGCUAAUCUCCUCAACAGAGUUUUCUGGAGCCACAGUGGGUCUUGCUUUCAUGUCUUCAAUGUGUUCUCCAUAUCAUUCUGUUGGUGUUGUGCAGGACCACAGUAACUAUCAUCUUAGAGUGGCAGGAACAAUGGCUCAUGAAAUGGGCCACAACCUUGGGAUGGUCCAUGACAACUUUAAUUGCAAAUGCCCUUCCGAAGUCUGCGUGAUGGAGCAAUUGCUCAGAUAUCACAUGCCUACAGACUUCAGUUCCUGCAGCCGUGUCAACUACGAAAAGUUCCUUGAAAAGAAAUUAUCCAAUUGCCUCUUUAACAUUCCAUCGCCUACAGAUAUCAUAUCCAUCCCAACCUGUGGGAACCAGUUGGUGGAAAUAGGAGAGGACUGUGAUUGUGGGACCCCUGAGGAAUGUACCAACCCUUGCUGUGAUGCUAAAGCCUGUAAAGUCAGGGCUGGCUUCCAGUGUGCCCUGGGAGAAUGCUGUGAAAAAUGCAAUUUAAAAAAGGCCGGGAUGGUGUGCAGACCAGCAAAAAAUGAGUGUGACCUGCCUGAAAUGUGUAAUGGUAAAUCUGGCCUCUGCCCAGAUGACAGGUUCAGAGUCAAUGGCUUCCCUUGCCAGUAUGGGCGGGGCUACUGCUUGAUGGGCACCUGCCCUACCUUGCAGCAGCAGUGCAUGGAGAUGUGGGGCCCAGAAACCAAGGUUGCAAAUCAGUCAUGUUAUCAGCAGAAUGAAGGUGGGUCCAAGUAUGGGUACUGCCACAUUGUGAAUGGCACACAUGUCCCAUGCAAAGCAAAAGAUAUAAUGUGUGGGAAGUUGUUCUGUGAAGGUGGGUCAAGAAAUUUGCCCUGGACAGGUCUUACAAUAUCUUUCAUGACAUGCAAAAUAUUUGAUCCUGAAGACUCUAGUCAAGGAAUAGACAUGGUGGCCAAUGGAACCAAGUGUGGAAAAAACAAGGUGUGCAUUAAUGCAGAAUGUGUGGAUAUUGAGAAGGCAUAUAAAUCAACCAAUUGUUCCUCUAAGUGCAAAGGACAUUCUGUGUGUGACCACAAGCUUCAGUGCCAAUGUAAAGAAGGAUGGGCCCCUCCUGACUGUGAGGACUCCGCCACAGUCUUCCAUUUCUCCAUGGUGGUUGGAGUGCUUUUCCCGCUGGCAGUCAUAUUUGUGGUGCUUGCUAUAGUACUCCGCCACCACAAUGUAAGAAGGAGGCAGAAGAAAGUACAGAGGCCACUGUCCAACACUAAUGCAAAGACACAAAAACAGAAGCUUAAAUCCCGGAAGGUGAAGACCAUUCAGCCUCAAGAGAUGAACCAGGCAAAGCAGCUCCACGUGUCCGACCUGUCAGAAGAAGGCAGUGACCAUCCAGCUUACGUUCUGAUCACAAAGCCAAAUUUUCCACCACCACCAAUUCCUGUCUCCUUAAAAUUAGGGGAAGAUAAAAGUGACAGCUGGGGAGACUAUAACUUCAAACUGCCUGGGACAUCUCAGCUAUCUGCAGAAGCCAACAUGUUUUGGGUCCUGCUUUCAGUACUCUGGUUUACCAUCCAAACCCAAGCAACAUCUAUAAAGCCAGUUCGUGAAUUAGAGCUUCAAGAAAUAGUUCAUCCUAAAAAGCUUCCCACUGAGAACAACCAGACAGAGAGGUACGCUGAAGAGGCAAGAUAUGCACCUGAAGUUCAAUAUCAGAUUAUAUUAAAUGGAGAAAAAAUUAUCCUUCACCUACAAAAAGUCAAGCAUCUCCUCAGGCUAGAUGACUCUGGAACACCCAGGGGAGAGGACAUCACCAGAAACCCUUGGGACAUGAAACAGUGUUACUAUGAAGGCCACAUCCUGAACGAACAGGACUCUGUUGCCAGCAUCAGGACUUGUGAUGGGUUGAGAGGGUGUUUCACAUACCGUGGCCAAGGAUACCUGAUAAAGCCCGUGCAAAGCACGGGAGAGGGAGAGCAUGCCGUCCUCAGGUGCAGCCAGAAGGAAGCAGAUGCAGCUAACCACAAAUGCGCUGAGCGAUGUGUCAGCAGUAAACAAAGCCAUAUUCGAACUUUUAGAUCACUCAAAAGCCUAAAACAAGAAGACUUUCUCCAGGGACAGAAAUACAUUGAUCUCUAUGUGGUGCUGGAUAAUGCCUUUUACAAGAUAUACAAGGGAAACGUGACUCUGAUGAGAAGCUUUGUGUUUGAGGUGCUCAAUCUACUCAAUGUGAUUUAUAAUACUAUAGAUAUUCAAGUGGCUUUGGUAGGCAUGGAAAUUUGGUCUGAUGGUGAUAAGAUAAAGGUGGAACCCAGCAUUGCCACCACAUAUGGCAACUUCUUGAAAUGGCAUCGGUCUAACCUAGGCAAAAACAAGAUCCAUGACCAUGCUCAGCUUCUCAGCGGAAUUGACUUCCUCAAUGGACGUGUAGGAAUGGCAGCUUCGAAUUCCUUGUGUUCUCUCUCUUCCGUGUCCGUUAUCGGGGCUAAAAGAAAGAAUAAUGUGUCUCUAGUAGGAGUGAUGUCACAUGAAUUAGGCCAUGUCCUUGGUAUGGCUGACGUCCCAUAUUUCACCAAGUGUCCCUCUGGCAGCUGUGUGAUGAAUCAGUAUCUGAGUUCAAAAUUCCCCAAGGAUUUCAGUACAAAAAGCCUCUCACACUACCAAAGAUACCUUUUAUCUCAAAAACCAAAGUGUCUUCUGCAAGCACCGAAUCCUGAAAAUAUAAUAACAAAACCACGGUGUGGGAACAAACUUCUGGAAGUGGGAGAAGACUGUGAUUGUGGCUCUCCAGAGGUGUGCACCGAUGUUUGCUGUGAGCCCUUGACCUGUAAGCUGAGACCCAGGACUGCCUGCAGAGGAGGAGACACUUCCAAUCAUAUCAUAAAUUAACAAGAGUCUCCUGCAUUGAGAGGAUACUUUGCCAGGACAACAAUCAAGAAUGCUGACCCUGCCAGCAGUUUUGUAUGUUUUUACCUUUGCACUUAGAUACCCUGACAGCAUGCUGGAUACUGUGUUCAUGGAUUCAGUCAACCACUGAACAAAAUCAUCUGGAUAAACACAAUUAUGUCUGUAGUUAACAUGGAUUUUUGUCAUCCCCUAAACCAUAUUGUAUAACAAUUAAUUUCAAAGCAUGUAUAUAUACAUAUAUGAAGGCUUAAUAGGCCAUGUGUAUUUGAAAACGGAGGGCAUAGUUUGUCUCUCAUCUGAGGAGAGCAAAUGAAAUUAGGCUCUGAACAAAGUUACUCAAUAUGUAUUGUUGAAUCAGUGAACUGAUUCAAAGCUUUAUAAUCAAAAUUACACCCUGAUUCCAUUUUAUGAGGAUGGCUUAGGGGGAUUGAAUACAAGCUGGUGAGUGAGGCAUGCGCAGGGAAGAGAGCGCCGUUCUAGUCUCAUGUCAGCUUUGGCCCGCGCCUUACCUCGCUCCUGUAUGUAUAGUUGAUAUUUUGUUUCAUGGGAAUAUUAAUUAUCUGUAAUACUUUCAUUUUAUCAAGUAUAAUUCUUCCCACAUUCUUUCACCAUCAUAUACUAGGCUUGUUUUGAGUAGUCUACAAUGCUUACAUUUUAAUUGAUCAGGAGAGGAAGGCUUCAUUCUUCAUUUGAUUCA